AUGAGAGUGCGAACAGCUAUUCCUUUGGGCGUGGGUGUGGGCGUGGUCGUGGGAAUGCGAAUGGGAGUGCGAGUGGCCGUGACCGCCGUGAUCAUGGCCGUGACCAUCGCCGUGAUCAUGGUCGUGGUCAUGAUUGUGGUCAUGGGUGUGGUUGUAGUCGUGGUAAUCGUCGUCGUCGUUGUGUGUGAGCGGCUGCUCACAGAGGCUCGACCUCUUUCGUGCGGCAUGCUGGCCUAG